GCGGUACAAAAUUAGCGAACGAACCACCAAGCGACCAGCCGAAAUCAAAAGCAGGAGCCAAAUCUCCUACGAGUUUCAGAUCGUAUUUUACCGUGAAAACCAGUGAAAAUCCUACGUGAUAAAACACGGACGUGUGGAAUAAGGCGCGGGCAAGUAGCAAAACGUCCAGUUCGAGUAAAGUUCGUCACGGUUCCGAAGUUGUGGUGUCCGAAAGCCAAGCCAGUUUUGGAGGAAAUUGGGCGCACAGCACUACACAGUGAAAUUCACUCGAAGCGGUCGCACAACCGAGAGUAACCUACUAGAGCGACGGAGGCGCCGAUUAGCUUAAACGGUACCCUUUCAAGUAUGGGCAAGGAGAUCGACCCGGCCGACAUUGGUAAGCACCCGGAUCUAAUUCGAAAGGCCCAAGCGGAAAUGACACAAAGCGAUGUUCUGGUGUGUGGCCGGUGCCACAACGUGUUCCACUUCAUCGAACUGUUUAAGGAGCACAAAGAGCAGGAGUGCCGAAAGGAGUCCACCCUGAAGGACUGUCGUGAGACCAAGUCCAAGGUUUGGGCAUUUUUGCUCUGGAAGGCAGCCCAGCUGAACAGCGAUGGAGCAGAAGCCGGUGCCGGCAAUGUUAACUCCUGGAAGCUUUACCAAACCUGGGUUAAGCUGGAGGAAUCGGUGCGGGAGACCUGGAUCGUGGCCGGCCGUACGAUUCAAUCAUUCGCCAGGAUGGGGCAAGGAAAUCUGCAGGAAAUGCCCGUUAAGAUUACAAAAACGAUUAUCGAAAAUGGACCGGAUGAGAAGAAACCAACAAAUCCGGUUUCUACACCCCCGGCAGGGCAACAGAACCGGUUUACACCGAACCGCAAGCCAGACAUAAAAACAACUCCACCUCCCUUGACAACUUCCACACCGAUUAGGUCCGUUACGGAACCGGAAGUGAAGAAAACGCCAAUUUCCACUCAGGUUAAGAAACCGGAAUUGAACGUGGUGAAUAAAGGAGUCGGCAAGCGUUCCGUUGCCAAGCGCACUACACCUGGCAGCGGUGAAGUCGUCGAGGAGGAAGUCGAAAAAAUCCUGGCCAAACGUUUCAAUCCUCGCCGCAAGGAGCACGAAUAUCUGGUCAAGUGGUCCAAGUUUGCCCACGAUCAGAACACCUGGGAGCCGCUGAUUCAUCUACAGACGUGUCAGAGUGUGCUGGAAUACUUCGAGGUACAGCUGGCCAAGCAAAAGGAACAACGGGCGGCGGCUGCGGCCCGUACUCUUCAGCAACAACAGGCGGAAAAAGCUAAAACAUCAUCUGCACCGACAACGUCUGUUGCUGCUGCGACUGCUGUCUCCACGACGAGCUCAUCUGCAUCCACCGGUCCAAUAACCGUCACCCUCACGCCGAGUCCGAAUUUAACCGUCACCGUUACAAAAACGGCUUCCCCAGCACCUACGACUCCGAUGGUGACACAAGCGUUGCCAACUAUCACAACCGUACCGGUAGCGAUGACAUCCCCCCUAGGAGGGAGACCGUCGCGCAAUUCCAAGAUCAAUGCCAUGGACAAAGUCAAACAGUGGGUCGGGAGUAACCCUCUGGCCCAAGCCGGGAGUUCUGGCAACGAAGAUACGUUCGGCAAGCGGAAACUCGACAGCGACUACGAACCCGAGGAAGAAGAGGAAGUAACGAUCAAAAGAGUCAGAGCCGACAGUGCGACUGUGAACCAGGCUUUGGUCAAGGCACAACAGACUGGAAACGUUAAAAUCGUUCCUGUUAGUGCAAAAUCGCCAAUUAAAGUGGUGAACGGGGUCGGUGGAGUAGUUAAAAAAGACGAUGGCAAUGCAGCGGAAGUUAUUGUGAAAACAUUCAAGGAUGGUACCGCGAGCGGAGUGGUUAAAAAACCUGGAUUCACCAGCGCAAAGAAUGUUGCUGGAGAGGCCCAGGUUCAGAUCGUCAACCGUGGAGAGGUGCCGAAACAGGGAGUGUUCAAAGUCAAUGCGAAUACACCAUCUCCACAGCCUUCGCCAGUUGCUACUCAACGACCAACGCCUCCAGGAAUGACCACAACCACGACGACUCGAAUCGUUCGCAAAAAUGUCGGUGGAACUCAGCAACUCGUCAAACAAGUCGUUCGCACCACCGUCCCAAUCCAACAAGCUAUGCAACAACAACAGCAACAACAAUCUAACGUUGCUGUUGUACAGAGACAACCAUUACAGAAAGUAGUCAACAACACCAGCCCAGCCGGUGCGCCAAUUCCCAAAGUCACCACCAACAUUGUCCAACGUAGCUCUCUGUCUCCGAAACUAUCACCAGGACAAACUGCCAGACCGGUAGUCAAUCGCAACAUUAGGAGUGCGCCUGUUGCGAAACCUACGACAUCGGAACAAAAGAUCAACGCGCUCCGCAAGCAAGGCCUGAACGUAGUGAAACGUGUCGUUUCGCCAGCAACACACGUCGAACCGAAACCCGCGAUCGGUAAUCACGAAGAGGAAGAAGACGACGGCAUUCCUGACCCCUUCCCGACCACUUUUUCAAACCCGGCACCCCAGUCUCCUCCGCGAGCCAUGACUCUCUGUCCGGUGACGGGCAAAGUGCUUGGCCAAGCCGAAGGCGAACCCGCUAUCACCCCCGAGGAGGAUAAAUCCAAAGUGAAGAAGCUCCCAAUGCAUCCCCAACAGCAACAGCUGGUGACCCACCAAGAGCAGCAUGACGCUCAACAACAGCAGGAACAGGACACCCAGGUGCAACAGAUUCUCACCAACGAGGAUGGUUCCCCAAUCAUUGUGGCCGGAGAGGACGGCACUCUGUAUCAGGUAGCGGGCAAAAAUGCCGAAGGCCAAACCAUUCUGAUCGCUCAGGGUGCCGACGGGGAGCAACAGUGCGUUCUUGUGGCUUCACAGGAAGGUGAAGGCGAAGAGGGCGCCGGAGGUGUCCUGACGCUGGAUGCGGCCGUCUCGGAAGCGGUCGCCCAGAUCGGUGUUCCACAGGAGGGGCAACAAAUGACCGAGGAGCAAGCUGCCCAGUACAAGAUGCAGGAAGGAGUGGAUCCUAAUCAACAGUUGACGAUUCAAACGGAAGAUUCGCAAGACGGACAAAUUACGGCCGAGGUUGUGCAAGCGGAUCAGCCCUCGCCUGGUGGCACUCGGCGAGUGGUUCUUCUUCUCCCCGAUGGAAGUUUCAUGAUGACUGAGGUAAACGAGGAGCAAUACCAAUCACUGAAUUUGGUAAAUUAGAAGCAGACGAAGCGUAGUGUGGUUCUUACAAUGCUAGCAAGAUAUUUUCUUAUUAGUUUCAUACGUUUUGUAUGCCGCGUCAGACAUACGCAUUAGCAUUAGUUCUACUGUAGUUAUGCGAAGGUUACGUCGUGUGUUGAUUAUGAGUUCUCAAAAGUGAUGAAAAGUCCUUUCCUAAUUAGUGUACAUAUGCUUUGGUAAUAUAGAUUUAAACGAGAAAUUCGCGCUUCUCAAAAUAUUAUACAUAUAUAAAUUGUUUUAUCCUUAGGCUAUAUUACUUAUAUGUUCAAAUAAUGUUAGAAUAUCAGAACUAUUAGACCGUUUAAGCACGUAAAAACUAAUAUAUAGCUGAAAACCGGCAAUGUUUAAAUAUGAAGAAAAUAAGAUCAUUGACCUUAGACCACGUCAGUUACAUUAGAAUAUUUAAUUUACAAGAUAACGUCGAAAAUAGAACAGUGAAUGACAUUGAGUUAA